GUGAGUGGGAGUUGGGUCUGUUUCUCGGCCGGUUACUGUGAGUACAGCUGGUUCAGGGCGGAAGACAGCAGAAGGGGAACACGGAGGUCUCUGAGAUUUGAAAGCACACUCUGGGAAAGAUGGCAGCCAUCAGGAAGAAGUUGGUGAUAGUUGGGGAUGGUGCGUGUGGAAAGACCUGUCUGCUCAUUGUCUUCAGUAAGGACCAGUUCCCAGAAGUCUACGUCCCCACUGUGUUUGAGAACUACAUCGCUGACAUUGAAGUUGAUGGCAAACAGGUGGAGUUGGCAUUGUGGGACACAGCAGGUCAGGAAGACUAUGACAGACUGAGGCCUCUCUCCUACCCAGACACAGAUGUUAUCCUCAUGUGCUUUUCCAUAGAUAGCCCCGACAGUUUAGAGAACAUUCCUGAGAAAUGGACGCCUGAAGUGAAACACUUCUGUCCCAAUGUCCCAAUCAUUCUGGUGGGUAACAAGAAGGACCUGAGGAAUGAUGAGCACACACGCAGAGAGCUGGCCAAGAUGAAACAGGAGCCCGUCAAGUCCGAGGAGGGCAGAGACAUGGCCAACCGCAUCAGUGCCUUUGGCUACCUGGAGUGCUCCGCCAAGACCAAGGACGGCGUGCGGGAUGUGUUUGAGAUGGCCACCAGAGCAGCACUGCAGGUCCGCAAGCGCAAGAAGAGGGGCGGCUGCCAGCUACUGUGAAGGGACGGAGUCGUCAGCCAAUCAGCACCUGAGGGAGGACUCCCCCCUGACGCACAAAGCAAACUUAGAGAAACCUUAAAUCAAUGGCUUCCGUGGACUAUACUUACUUCACAGAUGCAGAUAUGCCACAGGAGAAUAUGAAAGACUGACACACCUGUUUAAAAGCAAAAACAAAUCAGCCUUUUUUUUUUAAAAACAAAAAAAAACAAAACACUGUUUCCUCUGCUACUCACACGUUUGUUUCUGUUUGUUUUGUUUUCCUCCACCAGCACACCAGCCUGUUUGUGUGAAGGACCUGUCCCUUCCUCCUUUAUGAAUGUAUGUUUGUAUUUAUAUGUGCAUAUACUUUACAAAUAUAUCAUGUCUGUGUUGCGAUUGUUUACAGAGAAGGGUCUUGUAGCUCACGUGCACACUGAACUGCAAGACAGUUUUUAGAUUUAAUAGUAAGGAACCCCUGCAUGUACCACUCAGUCUCCCUUUACACAUCAACUUCAGUCACCUUCCUCCUAUAUGUCACACCACUAUUCAUUUUACACCUUUAAAGUCCUAUUUCACCAAGUGCUGAGUUAGCAGAGCUCCAGCUUUGUCUUCCAACACAGAGGACUAAAUUUAGAGCCUGUUCACUCUGCAUUAAUCCACUGAAACCUACAGAAACUGAAGCAGCAGCAGCAGCUUUGUGUGUGGAGAGGUUUUGGGCCGCACCUUGCUCUGUCUUUCCUCCAUGGUGAUAGCUUAAACCGGCACUGGAGACAGUGGCCUAUUGUCACGGACACAAUACUCUCAGUCACGCUCACGCUGGCUCCGACUGACUUGUCUCUACCAAGACGUCACCAACGCCUUCCCCAAACAGGCCCUGCCUGCUGUCUCAACUCUACUGUUCGUUCAGAUCCAGUAUACAGUCAUGACAGUCGUCACUGUGUACUGAAUCUACAGGUGUCUGGGCUCGACGUGUAAUGGAUGCACACUGCAGACACAUUUUAGGCCUAUUCUGUGUAUAAAAGCUGUAAUAAAAUUUCCAACUGACAACUUGAUUGACAGCUCAAUUUAGGGCUAGCCAAUAUGAGGAAAAUCAAAUUUUUAACCAAAUACCUCAAUAUCAGCAUUGUGACGAUAUUGUAUGGUUGACUGUUGGUGCUUCCUCGAAAUAUUUACACAGUUUUUGAUAAAUAAUCAUCAGUAAUGUGGAUAUAAUGACUGCGUGGGUAAAGGCAAAUAACAGAACAGCUGGGACGGCUCAUAAAAUAACAUAAAUUUACUGUAAUGCAGCCUUAAAACCAGGAGAGGACAACACUUACAAUAUUACAGAAUCAGGAUGCUAUCUAGUCUCGUAUGAUAUUGAUAUAUUGUUCAGCCCUAGCUCAAAUGUUGUCAUGGCCGAUGAGCCAUCUUGCUUUUACAACCCACUUUAGAUGAAACUGUGCCUGCUUCCGCAUGACUAAAGCGCGCUACCUGAUGUCAAGGCCCCAUAUGUGGCUGCCAGCCUACUAUUCAAAGAGGCAAGAGGUGGCCCACUUCAGAGUAAUUUCCUGUAUCUGAGUCAUAUGGUUUUCACCACUGCCCUGCCCCUUAAGGAGACUAGAAGCCAUCCUGUGUCUAGUCAUUCCAAUGGGAGAAGAGAGUGUCGGCGCAGAUCCAGACCUCACUGAAGUAAAUAUGGGACCUAUUUUUCACAAGCCACGCAUCUCCCGAACAUUCUAACGCUAACAUGGCAUUUUUCAGACAGAAAUCAGAAGAAAAUUAACUCUGAUCAAGACCUGUCUCCAUCUCGUCAACGCAUACGCAAGGUCUGAUUUGACAACUGAUUUGAUCUUGUACUCGGCUGAUGGCAGAUAAAAACAAGUGGCAAACUAAGGAACAAACAUUAAAUUUGCACUGUAUAUAUUGUGUUGUAUUGUUUUUAAUCUGCUUUCAUCCAUCCACACAACAUUCACAACCCUUCAAAAUGAGGUGGGGGGAUGCAGUGGAGAUCCGACUGCGCCCACUUAGGAGAAAUGUACACCGUUUUGUACCAUUGACAUGCAGCAGUCUCUUCCCCACUGGAACCUUUCUGGCUUUGUAGUCUUCAAGCAUUAGAAAUGAGACUGAGGGAACAUGGGGUACAUCCAUGGGUGCGCUAGCUAGCUAGUCAUCGGGCCUUAGAGUCAGGCAGAGUGCUUUUGUCAUGUACAAGUGGGUGUCAUUUUAUCUUAAGUGGGUUGUAAAAAUGAUAGACAACACUAGAUCAGUAGCUCUGACUGUUUAAAAUUGGUUUUUUGUUGUUGUGUAAUUGGUCUUUAUUUGACACUACACACAAGCAAUAUUCCUUUAAAUGUGAUUGGAAAAACUAUCUGAAUGUGUAGCAGGUAUUUCUCGAGUAGCCGUCAAA